UAUAUUUUAUGAAAGCAUAUGUAAUAAACGAAGCCGGUUCCGCAGAACAGCUUCAAUUGGUAAACAUCGACAAGCCCAUAAUUUCCGACAAUGAAAUUUUAGUUAAAACAGUAGCACUUUCCAUCAAUCCGGUGGAUGUAAAAACCCGUUCGGGAAAAGCCUUCUACAACAAAUUAAAAACAGAAGAUCCUUUGAUAUUGGGCUGGGACAUUUCCGGCACCGUUGAAGAAAUCGGGAAAAGCGUAACCGAUUUUAAACGUUCCAUCCAAACGGUCAAAAAUGGAGGAACGAUAAUUACUAUGCCAUCGGGGGCUGAUCUUGAUGAUCUAAUUGCCAAAGCUGCAAAAAGGGACAUCAAACUCUUCAAUCAACUGGUCCAAAGCAACGGACAGGACAUGGAACAGAUUGCAUCGUGGCUGGAAAGCGGCCAGUUGAAACCGGAAGUUUCCAAAGUUUUCGAUUUUUCCGAAAUGGCAAAAGCACAUCAGGAAGUGGAAACCGGAAGGACACGCGGCAAAAUUGUGCCUGCUUUAUGUAUUCCGGAGUCGAAAUUCCAAAAGCAAAACCCGAUGCAACAGUUAU